AUGCUUGAUAAUAUAUUUCUAAUAUUCGAAAUUCGUGUUUUAAUGAAAAUGAGUUAUUUUCAAGAUUCAAACACUUUAAAUUAUAUAUUUCUUAAUAAAUUCCAUAAAUAUGAAAAGAAUAUACUAGAAAAUAAUAUAUACCUUAAAAAUAAUACAAAGGAGAUGCCAAUUCAUAAUGGAUUUAAUAUUAUGCAAGAAAAAGCAGAUCAAGAUAUUUUUGAUAUUGGAACAUUUAUAUGCAAAACACGUCAAACAUUCAAGAAACGAAAAAAUAAUAUCUGCAAUAGGAAAAAAUACAAGACAAAUUUAGAAGAGGUUACUUUUUAUAAAUAA